CGGUGGUGGUAGAAGUUUUGCGCUUUUGCGGGAGGUUGCGAGUUGCGAAGCGAAGCGCGCGACGGCCCGACUCCUCGACUUCGGACCUCGGUUCGGCUCGACUCGACUCGGCCGUCGUCGGCGGCUCACGGUGGUUCGUUCGGUUGAACGAGGGCGCGCGAGCGACCAGCGAGCGAAGGCGAGCGUAGAGCGUAUUAUAUACAUUCGUUCGUUCGUUUCGUUCGGUUCGGGCGGGUGUGUCGCGCGCUCGUUGCUGCUGAGUGCUGCCUGCGUCGUCGCGCGGUUUGCGGCGCGGCACCGACGACGGUGAAGGGUACCGCGAGUGGAAGACACGUCCGUGGCUGGCUGGUCGGGCUAGGCGGGCGUAGGCGAGGUUCCGUGACGGCCGUUCGGUGGCGCAGCAGAAAUUCCCCGACACGGCUCUGGCGCGCGGGUUGGUCGGGUUGGUCACACGGCGUUGGUGUGUGCGUGUGCGCCUGCCGUCUCGCUCUCGCGCACGACGUCCGUCCGGCGUGUGUGCGUGGCUCGCGCGGCGUAUAUACGCGUGUACGUGGUAUAUACACAUACGUGCGGCUCGGCCCCGCGCGCGCGGUACGUAUCUGCCCCGAGAGAGUCCGUCCGCGCCUCGACUUGCUGACAUGGCGUCCUAGUGCUGCGCACGGGCGAAGUUGUGCACGUCCUUACGCGCGCGCCACGGAAACGGAUCUUCGCUCCUUCGUCUCUCAACUCCGUGCGUGGCCGUCGUCGUCGUUGUCGUUAUCCUCGUAGAACAGCGAGGAUGCCAAGAUCACGAGUAAGACGGGCACGAUAAUUCUUGGCCGAUGAGGAGCAGAGCAGCACGAGGGCGAGUAGUAGAAGGAGCAGCAGUACGAGCAAGAGCGAGCGGCUUCGUCGUCGUAGAAGGAGGUGGCGGUGUGGAGAAACAGAAAAAGGAACGAGGACGAAGUGGCGGCGGCAGCAGUGGCAGUGGCAACGGCGGCAAAGCGGCGACGAACAGCCAGGUCCCCCCAUGUUAGCGGACAUCAACGGCAACCUGGCGGAUCUGAGAAGCGAAGCGAUGGCGUCGCAGAGAUUUUGUCUGCGCUGGAACAACCACCAGAGCAAUUUGCUCUCCGUCUUCGACCAGCUGUUGCACGACGAGUCGUUCGUCGAUGUCACGCUGGCCGUUGAGGGCCAGUUACUCAGGGCGCAUAAGAUGGUGCUGUCGGCGUGUAGCCCCUACUUUCAGGCCCUGUUCGUUGGACACCCCGACAAGCACCCGAUAGUCAUUCUCAAGGAUGUUCCAUAUGUGGACAUGCGCAGCCUCUUGGACUUUAUGUACCGCGGCGAGGUGAGCGUCGAUCAGGAUCGACUGACCGCUUUCUUGCGGGUCGCCGAGUCCUUGAGGAUAAAGGGCCUGACCGAGGUGAACGAGGACAAAUGCGAUUUGCCAAGCAUCACGUCCUCGUUGCUAGGUGGCAGUCAGAAUGCAGUGGCACCGCCACCGCCCAGUCUCCAUCGGAUCAACCAAAUCGGUCAGCAUCAUCAUCAUGUCGCGCAGAAAAGGUUCCAUCAUAUGUCCAGCCAUCCGUUGCUUGGCUCGGCGCUGACGGCGCCCAAGAGAAAACGUGGCAGACCCAGGAAGUUGAGCGGCUCGUCGGACACGCCAAUUGGCGAGGUCGGCGGUCAGGACCUGCAGUCCUGCUCUGGCGCUGAUCUAGUUCAGGGCUCACCCGAGAUGAUGGAAAUGAAGAUGGGAUUGGACUUUCAGAGCGAGGUCAGCGGUAACGGCAACGUGAGAAGCACCUCCUCCAACAACAACGCCAAUUCUGCAUCGGCCGCCAAUAAUCCCACCGCCACGGCCUCCUCGGGAUCAUCGUCGGCGAGGAGAGAUGAGCCUACGGAGAACGGUACCGACACACCGGAACCGCCAGUCACGCGGGUCAAACGAGAACCGGAACCGACGCCUAGCACUUCGGCGCAAGCUUCGGAUGAGACAUUCGCGCGGCCGCACAGUAGACAAGGGAGUGAGGGUUUCAAGCAAGAAUUGGAGGAGACGUCGAGCGGCGGUGGCGAUAGCGGCGGCGAUCCGCCGACUCAUAUCCGCAUCAACUUCGAGCGAUGCUUUCGCAAGGAGUUCAGCACGUCGACGCUGCAGGGUAAGACCGCGUCGACCGCCGCCGCGAUGGGCGACGAUCAGCAACAGCAACAGCACUCGGACACCGAGAUGGAUACGAAGGCGAUGUCGAAGGACAGCAUAAGCAGUGCCAUAUUUAGCGUGAUGGCCGGCGAGGCGGAGAUCAGUCAGAGCGACUUCGAGGGCUCGUUCAGGGCCGAGAACGAGCGCACGGAGGGCUCGGUGCGGGACUUCUGCGUGAAGGAGGGCGACGUUUAUCGGUGCACCGUGUGCAAUCGCACCUACACACACAUCAGCAACUUCUGCCGGCACUACGUCACCUCGCACAAGCCUAACGUCAAGUACUACCCUUGCCCGGUCUGCUGCAAGGAAUUCACCAGGAAAGACAACAUGGUCGCCCACGUCAAGAUUAUACAUAGUCAGAAGCUGCCGUACAUGAGUCUCAGCAAUAGUGGCAGCAAUAGUAGCAGCAGUAUGGGUCAGCCGCGGUAGACCAUCGCCGGCUGGGCGCCCUCGCAUCCUGCCUCCUCCCUCAGACCGCGUUUCUCCGACCUCGCGCGUGAUCUCACGAUGUCGGAAAUGCUGUAGAUCACGAUAUCACGUCAUUUCCAUGAUAGCUAUUACGAGAUAGAUUUUCGAGAGUUUGACACCAAGAUUUUCUAUGUUACCGAAAAGCUUUGAUACCGGUGAUUAACAGAUAGAAAGGACGAAGGUUUUAGAAUUGAUGGUGUGAUCGUAGAUUAUUGUACCAAGGAAUUAUAGGUAGGAAGAAAUGAUCGCGUCUAUGACGGAUGAACGUCAUAGGCAGGCUCGUGGGCCUGAUGCGUUUGCCAAGAAGACAAAAUCGAAGAACGUGAAAAUGAGGGAGGAGGAGGGAGAUAGAGAAGCUCAAGAGAAGCGCGAGGGAGGUCAGUAACGCCUCGAACGAAGUCGGUGCGCUUCUACGAGCGGAAGGAGAGAAGGACGAUAGAUAGACACGAGUAAGCGAGUAAACAAAUAGGUAGGCAAGUGGCUGAUCUUGUGGCUAUACCGAAAAUGGCCAGAGUGGGUGUUUACGCGGAGAACAGGUGGGUGUGCAAGACUCAAAGCUAUGAAUAUCGCCGAAGCACACGAUUCUUAGCUUUCGCGCGAGCGUUUUUCAUGGCAGGUCUUUCCGGUAUGCGAAUUAAUCAUUUGGACGAAUCAAUCAUCUCUAAUUCAUGGGGUAAACAUAUCUCGCGAAGGAUGUGUUUCGCCGUUCUAACAUUACACGACAUGCAUGUUGCAUGAGACUAGCUCAAUAUCUUGAUACCAAAUCUAUGCCUUGGAAGAAGAGUCGUAUAUUCAGAUAUCAAACACGUGCAGUACUUUUCUACUUCCAAGCCGCAGAAUUCUUUUUUUUUUUAGGAGCGCUUUAGAGACACGCGAUGUCGGUCAAAUGAUUAAACGAAGCUGAUCUACCGAGUUGCAUCGACGUUGCGUAAUCCGCGAUGCGCGGGUCUGACCAAGUCCAGUAACCAUUACGACAAGCAAUUAUUAAAAUAAUUUCGAUGCGAUAUUUAAAUGUAUUAACGAACCGUCGAUUGACGGAUCUCUUUGACGGUAUCUUUUUAGCAAAAAGAUCUCGGGCAGCUGCGUACAAGCGAUGUUGCUCUGAAUUUUAUCCCUAUUUCAGGUCCUGGUCCCGAUCUUGGUCCUAGCGUUAGUCCUAGUUAUCGUUAUCAAUCUCCGUGCCUUCGUGGACCCACAAUGCGCACGCUUCAGCAUUUUGCGUUACGCAACGUCCGUCUUCUUGUGAAGGAUCGAGCUUCAAGCGCCGGAAAUCUUCAGGAACGAUUCGCGCGCGUAACAAGCAACGGGCAUUAAAAUUACAAAAUGAACGAGCUUUAUCGUGUUCGCCCCCGAAGAGAAAGGGCGAGGCGGAUGUAAAAACGGGAGACGGAAGUAGGAAGAGGCUUUAUACCGCAUCAUAAGCAAAGAGUUUAUAUAAACCUAACCGAUGCGUCGUCUCAACGCGGUUCAGCAUCGUACAACGGGUGAUCAGUUGUAAAAAGGAAACCGGUUGUCGCGUAGCAAAGUGAGGUGAGGGGCGAGUAGGAGGAGAGGCAUCGUGUAAAUCCAAAUCAACGCAGAUAGAGAGAAAAAGUAUAUUUACUAUUGCCUGACUUAUAUUACGUUGCAGAAAGAAUCAAACACGCCAGCUGACGUAGCUCGGCGAUACAUUUCUAUGAAAAUAUGGUGCGCGCGCGUGUUUUAUGUAUCCUUCGUUCGCGUUCUUCAAACGCAGGUCUCUUCACGCCUGGUUAAAAAAAAGAAACUUUCGAUACUUGAUAUAAGAUAAAGCACGUCGAAGUUAUCUUCUCAAAGAAGUAACUUGAGGCGAUUACGUUAUGUAUAGCAAUAAAAGAAGCUCUUGCAAGUCAAAGUUGAGGAUGUUGAGAACACACCAAUUACAUAUAGUAAUUUGUUACGUAAUUAUUGAAUUAUUGAGAGAAUUCAACUUGUAGGAGACUUGCAGAUUCUUAUCUUUAAUAGUGGAUGCGAACCAGGGUGAAACGUGCGCGCGCACGAGCGAUAUAAAUAAUAAGGAAACUACGUAGACUGAGUAAAUGCAAUAUAUAUGUAUCGAUGACCGUUCGCCAUGUUGUUGUUGAGCCGUUUGGGUCGCGGAAGGGAAUGCCGCGGAGGCAUUUUCUGGGGGAGCGGCGAUGAAAGGGGCGGAGGGACGGUACGGGGGAAGCGCGCAAUCUCGCGAAAGACUGCAGAGGGACGGUUUUAACGACACCAAAUACAAGAUAGUACUGACAUUGGAUAGACUGAAGGCACCUUAGUAGUAACUUAACGCCGCCGCCAUGCCGGACCGUCCUGUCCUGUUCGGCUGAGUCCAUUUCCGGAUGUCGACGUGAACAUCCGGAACGCUAAGUGGAGAACGCGGUGAGCCGGG